CACAGUUUGUCUGUGUGCCAGAAACAUCACACCGCUCACAGUGGCCAGAUAAACCAUAAAAAAAAAGAAGCCAAAUUUGAAAAAAAAAUAUCUUUAAACAGGGGAAAAAAAAAGAAUAAAUCUCACGUAGAAGCCAAUCAUUGAAGUUGCCAGUUGUACCGCCGAUAUCUCCAUAGCUGUGGUCGCCCCACUCAGCAGACUUCGAUUUGUGUGUACGCUUAUGCGUUCACAAAAAGAAUUUCUACCCCCCCCACCACCCCCAAAUCAAGCCGUUGUAUGGCGCGAGAAUGUCGUGUGUGGAGUUAUACACGGCCAGACAAAAGUGAUGAGAUCUAUGUGCCAGAUUCUUUACAAAAGUGAGGACAAGAUUAAUUAUUUGAUCGCAUAUUUUAUAAUGGUGAUUCUGUCGUCGAGUCAUGAGAGGAGGGCAGCAUUUCACGCAACUACGCAACCCCAGUGAUAUACAGGUUUGACCACGUCCAGCGCAGACAACGGUGGUCAGUUUAGGUUCUCUUUCUGUCGUAUACGUCUCUCCAUGGGAGUGGAUUUCCUCUUGGUCUCAAAGAUGUGUCCCUAGUCCUCUAAAGUUGUCACCCUUAACAAAGAUAAAUAGCUGUAUAGGCAAGUGAAGUGGAGUGGGUCAAGGUCGAAUCAAGCCAUGAACAACACUACUCUGCUAGCGGACUCCGCAGAUGUGAAGGAAAUGGCGGCCACGCUGGACAAGGCCAUGGUAUGGUUCACCUUCAUCGCUGGCCUCCCCGGCAACAUACUCAUCUUCUUGACCAUGCUGACCCUCCCCAGCUCGGUGUCCACCUUCCACUUCUGCCUUCUGUCUAUCAUGGACCUCCUGGCCCUCCUUCUGCAGCUCUUCCUUCGGCUGCUGGACUGGUACGAGGUGGUCAACACGACCAAAGGGGUCAACAUCUGGUGGCGGACCUUCUUCAACUUCGUCUACUACACCAGCAUCUACGCCAACUGGGUGCUGGUCUACAUCGCCGUGGAGCGGCUGAUCGCCACGCGGUACCCUGCCCAGAUCUCCACGUACCUGACGCUCCCUAGGGCCAAGGCGAACGCAGUGCUGACAGUCAUCCUCAUCUACUGCUUCUCGGCCAUCGUCACGAUAAAGAUGACGUACUUUGGUAUAGCCUGGGCCGUGGUCUUCACCACAUUCUACACCGGGUUCCCCCUGAUGCUCAUCCUCAUCAUCAUCCUCCUCCUCCUCAACACCUUCAGAGAGAACCGCAAGAUGAAAGAGAAGCUGAUGAAGCUUCACGAGCACGAGCACAAGGGAGAUAAGACCAUGUCCAAGUCGCUGAGUGGGCUGUCCAGGCACAGCGCUCCGGUGGGCCACAACAAGUACGAUCCGAUCUUGUACCUCUCUGACGGCCAGGGCGCCGGCCACACCAUGUCCAAAUCUAUGGGAGAGCUGUCCAAGCAGGGCAUGGGACCCCACCACAAAGUCGACGUGAUGAGCGCCUCUGCCCACGGCGCCGCUUACUCCCCGAGCUUCUGCUACACCAGCUCAACGCGGAAAAUCGCCGUAAGCACCGUCACGCAGGAGCCGGAAGAACCCGCGGAGGUGAUGGCGCAGAAAGCGAAAGAGAAGGCGCAAAGGGAGUCGAGCUACACCGUAAUGCUCCUGAGCACCUCCCUCCUGUUCCUCCUCAUGACCGUCCCCUACACCGUCAUCCAGUUCAUUUACGUCUCCUACGAGAAGGACUUCAUUGAGGAGUACGAUGAGUCUCAGGCCAAGAUGUACCUCCUCAUCAUGAUCGCCACCGGCCUCAUGUACGUCCAGCACAGCCUCAAAUUCUACGUCUUCUUCCUCUGCUCCUCAUUCUUUCGACGCCAUUUCCUCCAGGGCAUCACCAGACUCGCCAAGAAAACAGAAGCCGCCGCUUCCACGUCGUCGAACCAUAAACAGAGCGCGGACGAGUCGGACCAAAAGAAAGCCUUCCUAUAAAGUGCGUGCUCCGGCCCUGAAAUAGGAUGUGAAACCAAAGUCAACUAUCAGACUUAUAUUUGUUCGUCGCCUUUCUUUAUAACUAGAAAGAAACAUGUUCAUAUUGUCUGUCGCUUCAAACGGAAUGUAAUGAUACAGCAAUCAUAGAGUCUAUUGGUGAUUCUAAUGUGUGUGAGUAUUUCAUAAGUCUUUGGAAACGAGGCUAGAGUCUGCAAAGACAUACUUCCCGUCUUUCAUGUUUGUGGUGUUCAAACCGGAUGUGACGCAUUUUAAAAUUGACGCUUUAAAAGUCACUCGGAUAAAGGACAGACGGAUUUAUGAAAAGUUAAGUACUAAAGAUGGGAUUAAAUUAUAAUUCUCGGAUAUUUUUAUUCGUUGAGUCCUACCGUUAUGACCACUGAGUUUUAAUUUAUUCAGAAAAUUAGUCUGAGAUGGAUCAAUUAUUCUUAUUAACUGACAACAUCUUCAGGAUGUUCAAAUGACUUAAAGUCAUCUUUCUGAUUGCACAACAGAAAUGUGCAGUGUGUAACAUUACAAAGAUGAGUUUGACUUAAUGACUGUCGCUUACUGAGUAACUCAAGGUGGCUUACAGUCGACUGGGUGAAACUUGAUCACAGGCAAAUAAAACACAAUGUGUUUGUAGAAUAAAGGUCAUCAUGACACCAUGUAUAAUAAAGGUCAUCAUGACACAAUGUAAAAAAAUCAUCAUGAGACAAUGUAAAAGUCAUCAUGACAAAUUUUAAAGGUCGUCAUGACACCAUUUAAAGGUCAUCAUGACACCAUGUAAAGGUCAUCAUGACACACUGUAAAAGUCACCAUGACACCAUGUAAAGGUCAUCACACUGCUCUCUAUAAACAUGCUCUUGGUCCAACCGAGACCACUAAGUAAGGCCUCAGCGCUGACCUGUGACGUUGCAGCCUUGUGGGCAGUGGAGCUGACGUUGCCACGUUGCGCAGACUUGUGAUGUGGUAACAAGCUAUUGGUCUCCACUGCCCACUGGUUGCGACGUUGCAGGUCUGUGUUCAGGCCUUCUGUGACGACAGGUGUCGGUUCAAGCCUUCAACUUUUUUUUUUUUUAUCUGAACAAAACUUUUUGACGAUGUAGUUUUAUCAUGCCUAAGUUUCCUUUUUUUUUUUUUAACAACUUUUCAAACGCUUUUACAAAAAAAAAAAAGUGAAUCCUUUAUUUCAGCGGUUCUCAACCUUAUAAGCUCGGCGACCCCUUUUAAAACACCCCCCCCACACACACACACACACUCUUCCGCGACCCCCACCCACCCACACUUACACAGCAAUAGAAGAAUUGAUAAAAAAGAAUCCAUUUAUCGAUGGUCUUAGGCGACCCCUGGCAAAUGGUCAAUCGACCCCCAAGGGGGUCGCGACCCACAGGUUGAGAACCCCUGCUUUAUUUUUAAAAAAAAUGCAGAACAAAGUAUCUGCAACAUUUGAUGUAGCUACAGGUUUAAUGGUUAGUCUAGUGUGCAUGGUAUAUGAUAGGGGCGUGUAGGAGGGCGCGCAGGGGAAGAAGCAGUGACUACACCCAGGGCCAUAAUAAGGGCGUAGGAAGCAAUACCAAAGUGGGCAAUGUAAAUCAACGGCGUCCAAUCGUUAUACAAAUACCUGACUGCGGGCCUCUUGACGUGGAAACGAGCUAUUGGUCUCGACUGUACGCUCACUGCCACGUCAUACGUCUGCAGUUAGACCUACUGUAACUGUCCAACCAGGGGCGGAAUGGCUAUAUGGGCAUUUGGGCAAAUGCCCGGUGGGCCGGUACCCAAAUGGGCCGGUAGGGCCACCAAAAUGGCCUGAUGGAAGUCACUAUGGCACAUAUCAAGUUGUUAAAGGUUUUAUUAUAUUCUUAUUAUGUUAUUAUUAUUAUUUUUAUAAAAGGCCCUCUGAGCGUCGUGUUUAAAAAAAAAUCUUUCACAGACAUUGCAGUGUAAUACUCUUUUAAUCGAACACAUUUUCCGAAAAUAAAAUGUAGAAUGUAGACAGUGCUACUAGUAGGCUUCAUCUUUUUAGGGCCUACAUAAUUGCUGAUUUAAAAAGACGCUAUAUUGCUUAUUAAGAUAUAGAAUUCACUGUAUAUCGAUACCUUAUCAAACUUAACAAUGAUUUUUAAGAACCGAUACACCUAGAAAUGGAUGCCCAUCACAUUUGUGGGCCGAUUUUGACACCCAGUCCGCCCCUUGGGUCCAACCUUUUAUUUCGGUCGGGCUCUACGAAUUUCCAACGCAUGUGUCAAAGAGCGUAUCUCCUCAAAAAUUAAUUAUCCAGUUGAAACAAGCCAGGACUGCUUCAUUAUUCACUGUACGCCGACGGCCAAAAGAAAUGGAUAAUAUACAGAUCCUGUGGUCGGAUACUGGUCUUUAUUACAAACUAUUAUCAUGCGUUUACAAAGCUUAAAUCAACUCUGUCUCUCUGUCUGUCUGGUAAAUUGUUUGAACAUGUUUUAUCUUCUAUUUUCUAUUCUCGGAUCAGUUUUAAACUUUGCACAAUUAUUUAUUGUACCUGACAAACCAUGAAUUGAUCAAAUAAUGACCGAUUAGUUAAUUAAUUAUUAGUAAUUAAUUGUUUUUUUAAAUUAAAAUAAGGGAAAUAAAUGUUACUUAUUGGGAUAUGUGGAGCUUAUACAAGGAUUUAUUAAUAUGUCUACGUUUUGUAACUUUCUCCCAGUUCCCAUUCUCAGAUCAACUUGACAUUUUACAUAAUUAUUCAUAGUCGAUAAUAAUACACGAAUCAAUAAAAAAAAAUUAACCAAUUAUUAAAUCAAUAAGUUGUUAAUUAAUUUUACUUUACGGACAGGGAGCUAAACCAUGCCAUCUUGUGACGAAAGGCAGAAAUUAGUGGUUCUUCCCCUUGGAUAUGCUUUGUUUUUAAAAAAGAUUUUUUUUUUUCUUUUUCUUGUUAUCAUUGUCUUCUUGUUCUAGCCUCUUCCUGUUGUUAUGUUAUGGUUUUUGUUUUAUUAUGGACUAGAAGGGAGGGAAUUUUAAAGCUAUAACAAUACCCCGGGCGAUAACAAACCUUUUUUUUUUCUUCCCCGCAGCAGACUAUCCCAACACAUCAGCACACAGAUAACAACUUGGCACCAAGAGACGUCUGAUUCAGUUAUCGCCCCUUAGCGAAGUACUCUUCAGAACCCCCCAGACAACAAACAUCAUCUCUCACAAUCUAAACUCAGACAAACAAGAGCUCGCAUUUCCAUAUUUGGUAUUCUCGUGUCUGCCCUAAGCAUCAUUUGGGUCGUAUAUUUAUACUGUUAAAUAAGAUCUAUAAUUUAAAAUUCAAAUAACAUUUCGUAACAAAACCAAAAAAAAGAAGGACAAAAAAAAAAGAAGGUCAUGACCUCACUUCCGGCCUGGCAGUCUUCCCACAUUUACAUAUAAAAGUAUUUUCAGAAGUAUAUAUGUAUAGUAUUAGUAUAUUUCCGUGGUUUCGUCAAUUUCUACCUUUUAACAUAUACUUUCAUCAUGCAGUGGCGUUACUAGGCUCGAUGUCAUCCGGUGCGUCCCGCACCCCUCGCACCAACCUAGUGACGCCACUGUCUUCAUGGGUUGGCGGAAGAAAAAAAAGUUUGAAGGUUUGAAAGGAUAUGUGGUGGCAGACUGGAAAGUCCCAAAAGUGGAGUAUCGUGUUCAUAACGCGGAAUUCGUGGGUUCGAUACCCAUACUGGAUAAUUUUCUGUUUUGACGAUCCCAUCUGAUCUAAUCCGAUUCGAUCCGAUCCAAUACGAAUCAAAUCCAGAUCUGAAAGAAUCCAUUCCAAUCCGAUUAGUUUAGAUCCGACAAAUCUUGAUUCGAUUGAUCCGAUCUUAUUGGAUCCUAAUUCCAUGAAAUUCAAUCCGUUCAGAGUUCAGAGUUCAUCCGAUUCGAUCCAAUCACACUCGAUCCCAAUUUAUGUGACUAUAAAUUUAGGAAUUGAUUUUUUAAAAUUAUAUUAUUUUAUAUUUAAUACUGUAAAUGUCUUUAUCCAGAGAUAUUUAUUGACGGCACCAAGAAGGUAAUUAAUAACACACUAUCUUUUUAAUUUGAUAAAAUCAGGGGCAACUUCGACCGCUUAUACCAGUAUUGUAUUAUAUACGAUGUUUUAGACGAUGUGUAGACACUGCAGUCCAGAUAUGGCAUCGCAUGAUUAAAACCACCUGGCUUCAUCUAGUGCAGGGGUUCUCAACCUGUGGGUCGCGACCCCCUUGGGGGUCGAUUGACGAUUUGCCAAGGGUCGCCAAAGACCAUUGAAAAAAAAU